AUGAAAUCGUUUGUAAUAUGUGCUUAGCGGCUGUGAUUUAAUACUUAACGUAUGUAAAAAUAAUAGACCUCAUAUUGUUACCUUAUGUUAGGAACGUAGUUUCUUAUAACAUUUUCACACAACAUAAAGUACAGGGAAUGUUGGAGUGUAAGUUUGGUUGCCCUGUCGAGUCAUACUUGUGGCAGGCUGUAGUUAUCUAUGGCAUAGGUUUUCUGCGUCUUCUCGAAUGCUAUUUAAACAGGGCAAUUGUUUCUACUCGGUAAUUGUAAAAGGAAGGCAGGGUGAUGACGGACAGUGAACCUCAAGCAAAGAAGAAAAUGUCAAGUUCUCUUGCACAACUUAAGAAGUUUACCACUGUUGUGGCAGAUACGGGGGAUUUCGAAGCCAUGAAGCAAUACAAACCCACUGAUGCCACCACAAACCCAUCUCUUAUGUUGUCUGCUGCCAACAUGCCACAGUAUAAACAUCUUAUUACAGAAGCUGUCAAAUAUGGUCGCAAAGCUGGAAACCCUGUUAAACAACUGAAGGCUGCGGCGGAUAUGUUGCUUGUCUUGUUUGGAAAUGAGAUACUGAAAAUUGUUCCAGGACGAGUCUCUACAGAAGUUGAUGCUAGGUUGUCAUUUGAUAAAGAAGCCAGUAUACAGAAGGCUAGGCAUUUGAUUCAGCUGUAUGAAGAGCUGGGGAUAAAGAAAGACCGGAUUCUCAUUAAGCUUGCAUCUACGUGGGAAGGCAUACAAGCUGCAAAAGAAUUGGAAGAAGUUCAUGGGAUCCACUGCAACUUGACAUUACUUUUCUCCUUCUGCCAAGCAGUGGCAUGUGCUGAGGCAGGAGUUACACUUAUUUCACCGUUUGUGGGUCGAAUUCUUGACUGGCACGUAGCAAAUACAGGCCAGAAAACGUAUGAAUCGCACGAAGACCCAGGAGUUACAUCUGUUACAAAAAUCUACAACUACUACAAGAAGUUUGGAUACAAGACAGUUGUCAUGGGAGCAUCCUUCAGAAAUGUUGGUCAGGUAAAAGCACUAGCAGGUUGUGACUUGCUAACAAUUAGCCCCAAGCUGCUGGAGGAGCUUGACUCAAGUAACGAAGAAGUGUACGAGUCUCUUACCGAGAAGUCUGCUCUUAAGGCCGAUGUUGAAAAGGUGACUGUGGAUGAGAAACUAUUCCGCUGGAUGCUGAAUGAGGAUCAGAUGGCCUCUGACAAGCUGUCUGAGGGUAUUCGCAAAUUUGCUGAAGAUUCACGCAAGUUGGAAACGCUUCUGAAGGAGCAUUUGAGCAAGGCUAAAUGAAAUUAUCAGUGAACUGUCAUACUUCAAAAUGCAAUCAAUGCCAAUUGCCAUCAAGAAAUAAAUUAUAUAUUCAUUACACUGGUUUGGCAUCUAUAAUUUUGGUAAAAGGGAAGGUGAAAUUCAGAAUGAUACUUAUAGUCGUAAUUGAGGAAAUGGUAACAAGUUAUUACUAUUUUAAACUUUUCACUCUCUUUUAUUAUAUAACAUCACACAGUUUUAUGAAAUAUAUUGUCUGUCUUUACAGUUCCAGAACUGUUUUUAUCUGCAUUCUUUUGUAUGCUUUUUUAUUUGAGAUAACUUCCAGAACUGAAGUACAUCAUUAUAUUUUAAGGAUUUUUCUUUUUCCCCAAUUAUAAUAUAAUAUUUAAUUUCAGACAAUGCAAAUUUUUAAUAAUGCCCUGAUAUGUAAUAUAUAUAUAUCUGACAAUAAUAGUACUAGUUGCAGUUUUUGACAUGGUAUGGGUUUUGCGAUAAAAAUGCUGUGUAACGAGUCUUAUCAAAAUCUGUUGAAUGACUCAAAGAAUGCAUAUUGUUUACAUGUAAUACUUAUCUUAGGAGUUUAUAAUGAAUGAGAGUGUAAUAAAGUUUGUGUAUGACACUUA